CUGUGGUUGUACGACCGUAAAACGGAACGAAGCGAGAAGGUGCGAAUGUGACUCAACUCAAUUUCUUACAUUACCUCCUUCUCCUCGAAGCCAUUCAUACUUUUAAACUUUUCCUCAAUUUCCAUUAUUUCUAUUCAAUCGAAGACGUGGCUAGAGGGUCAUAAACCCCCACCUACCUACCCCUCCAGUCGACACCCCCCCCGAGAACAAUACGAGAAAAGUAGAAAAAAGCAAAACGAAAAUAUGGCUGACGCAGGGUCCGUGGCCGGGGCCAUCGCAAAGGUCGUUGUAGGCGGCCAGAAGCCUGCGAAGAAAGACAAGAAGAGCAAAGGCGGUGCCGGUGAUGCCAGCGCAGGCCCUAUCGAGAUGACCCCCCCACCCGAUUUCCUCAAGACGCGUCUUGACCUAUUCGACCGCCUAAAGAAAAAGUACGACGAAGAAGUCGCCGCACGACCGCGCGAACAGAUCAACAUUACCCUUCCCGACGGUUCUAUCAAGGUCGGCACGAGCUGGGAGACUACCCCCGGAGACAUCGCCAAGGGUAUAUCAAACAGCUUGUAUAAGCGCACCGUAGUUGCUAGAUUGGAUGGUGAUAGAAACAAAUUAUGGGACUUGGAUAGGCCUCUCGAACAGAGCUGCAAGCUCGAACUCUUGACCUUCGAUGAUGAGCAAGGAAAACAGGUGUUUUGGCACAGCUCUGCUCACGUCCUUGGUGAGGCUUGCGAGAGAAGGUUUGGUUGCUCGCUUUGUAUUGGUCCCCCCAUCGAUGAUGGAUUCUACUACGAGAUGGCUCUUCCCGACAAUGCCCCUGUCUUGCAGAGUGACUGGACGCCCUUAGAACGCAUCGUUACCGAUAUCGUUAAAGACCGUCAACGAUUCGAGCGCCUUGAGAUGACCAAGGAGGAACUCCUCGACAUGUUUAGCUACAACAAGUACAAGCAACAUAUCAUUUCCACUAAGAUUCCCGAUGGCACCUCCACCACCGUCUACCGAAACGGACCCCUAAUUGAUUUGUGCCGUGGACCACACGUUCCGGAUACCGGCCGGAUUGAGGCGUUCUCAAUUAUGAAGAACUCUGCAUCGUAUUGGCUAGGAUCGCAGGAAAAUGACUCUCUCCAACGUAUCUACGGUGUUUCUUUCCCUGAUAAGAAGAAGAUGGCAGAGCACAAAAAAUUCCUAGAGGAAGCCGCCAAGAGAGAUCACCGAAAACUUGGUAGAGAACAAGAACUGUUCAUGUUCCACGAGAUGUCCCCCGGUUCGGCCUUCUUCCUACCCCACGGCACAAGAAUCUACAACACACUUCUCGCAUAUAUCCGAGAACAAUAUCACAAACGUGAUUACCACGAAGUUAUCACUCCUAACAUUUUCAAUUCGGAACUUUGGAAACAGAGUGGUCACUGGCAGUACUACCAAGAAGAUAUGUUCGUCAUAGAUUUGGAUAAGGAGAAAUGGGGCCUAAAACCCAUGAACUGCCCCGCCCAUUUCCUUAUGUUUGGUAACUCCCCGAAGGUAUACAGCCAGCUGCCCUUGCGCUAUGCCGACUUUGGUGUCCUCCAUCGAAACGAGGCAAGCGGUGCCUUGUCAGGCCUAACCCGUGUCCGUCGUUUCCAACAAGACGACUCCCACAUAUUCUGCCGACUCGACCAGGUCACUGAAGAAAUUUCCGACCUGUUCGAUUUCCUUUCUGAGAUGUACGGUCUACUUGGAUUCUCCUUCAAACUUCAACUGUCAACCCGACCAGAAAAGUUCAUGGGCCAGAUCGAAACUUGGAACACUGCUGAGGGCAUGUUGAAGAAGGCGUUGGAUGACUUUGCAGCUGGUCCUGCUGGUGUAUCAUGGACUCUGAAUGAGGGUGAUGGUGCUUUCUAUGGACCCAAGAUCGACAUCAAGAUAUUGGACUGCUUGAACCGAGAAUGGCAAUGCGCCACAAUCCAGCUCGAUUUCAUGGGCCCCGAGAAUUUCGGUCUCGAAUACGUGACAGCCGAGGUGCCUCCUACUAAGGCUAAACAAGACGAACCAGCCGCCGAAGCAACGGAAGCUAAGACUAAGGAUGAACAACUGGCUGGUACAGACAAGGCGUCUGGCGGCGAAGCUAAGAAGGGAAGGGUAGUCAAACCUCUCAGCCCGGGUUGUGCUCGUCCGGUUAUUAUCCACCGAGCCAUGGCUGGUUCCAUAGAGAGAAUGAUGGGUAUCCUCAUCGAGCACUUCGCAGGAAAGUGGCCUUUCUGGUUAAGCCCGCGGCAAGUGAUGGUUAUUCCAGUCGGAAUGGGAUUUGUAUCGUACGCCCAAGAAGUCAGAGAAAUCCUCAAGAAGGCGAAGAUCUUCGUCGACAUCGACACCACUGGAAACACAUUGCCUAAGAAGAUCCGAAGUGCGCAGCUGGCACAGUACAACUUCAUCUUCGUCGUUGGAGAUGAGGAGAAGAAGGGUCGUCAAGUGAAUGUGCGAUACCGAGAUGACACAUCCACCCAAGACCGUGGAAAGCCUGUAGCGUUGGAUGAGGUUGUUGAGAAACUGCGAAAGUUAGGAGCGGACCGGGGUUCAUACAACCCCUUCCCUUCAGUAAAGCAAGCAGAUAAACCUGCAGAAUAAGUUACGAUAUAUCGAGGAAUAUGUGGCGUUGAAUUAGUAAGUUCGGGUUGAGUGGCGAUCAUUGACAUUUGCCAUGGGUGCAGUAACUUCUUCGCUGGGUUGAAAAUACUUCUCUGUUGGGGUAGAUAUAGCGCCCAUAGAGGUGUAAAAAUAAAAUAAAAGAAUGAAAGAUUAAUUCCCUCCGAA